CUCGGUUAUUAUAUCAGCGCCUCUUACAGAGAGGGUCUUCUUCUCAGCCCCGCAUCUUGGAGGUGGAGAGAGAGCUCAGAUCUAGUUGCUCAUAGGGGUCCCUGACUGCGGCUGCUUUCACAACACAGCGGUGACGAUGACGGUUAGGAACUAAGAGCUGUAUGCGAGAGAUUUGGACUGUGAGGAGGUGGGGAGUUCGGAGUGAGCUGGGUCCACAGCUGCAUAGUGUAGUUUUCUUCUGGAACAGGUCCGUGUGAGCCACUGGAUUGUUCCGCCGCUGCGCAGAGAACAUGUAAUUUGGCUUUCAUCACAGCGACCAGCGAUUCGUUGUCUCAUUGUGAGCGCAUUCUACUGUCAGUAUGCCGCCCUACCUUGCUUCCUGGAACCCUUCCGGUGUGGAGUAUUUGGGCAAGGGGGGGAAUGACUCAUUGCUGAUGAGUAAGCCACUUCCCACUGUUGUGGAGGGGGCCAUCAUCGUGGGCGGCGGACCCUCGGGGUUGGCAGCCGCGGCGUGCCUGGAGAUGAAAGGAGUGCCGUCUCUGAUCAUUGAGAAAUCAGAUGGUAUUGCCUCGCUCUGGAAGUAUAAGGCCUACGACCGCUUGCAUCUCCACAUCCCGAAACAGUUUUGCGAGCUGCCUUACUACUCCUUCCCGGAGGAUUACCCGCUGUAUCCUAACAAGAAGCAGUUCGUCGACUACCUGGAGAAUUAUUUCCAGCAUUUCGACAUGAGGGCCAGAUUUAACACAGAGGUUGUCUGUGCAUCGUAUGAUCCCAGUUCCUCAUACUGGAAGGUUCAGACGCGACCUUCCGGUUCAGGUUUAGAUUCCGAAGGUAUGCUGGAGUUUCGUGCGCAGUGGUUGGUGGUUGCAUCUGGGGAGAAUUCCGAGGCUUACACCCCUAAGAUGGAGGGGUUGGAUAGUUUCCAAGGCCCCGUCUUGCACUCCAGUAAUUACAGGACAGGAGCCCAUUACCAGGGGCAGCGAGUACUGGUCGUAGGCUGUGGGAACUCGGGAAUGGAGAUUGCCAUGGACCUUGCAAAUUUCAAUGCGAAGCCUUUCCUCGUAGUCCGGAGCCCAGUGCACAUAUUGCCGAGGGAGAUUUUCGGCACGUCGACGUUCGCCGUGGCAAUGAGGAUGAUGAAGACUUUUUCGCUGUGGUUUACAGACCUGCUCCUCGUGGGGUACACUCGGGCUGUGCUGGGUGAUAUAACUAGCUAUGGUUUCAAACGCCCCACGGACGGGCCAAUGACCAUCAAAUGCAAGCAAGGUAAGACACCCAUUCUGGAUGUGGGGACUUUUGCGAAGAUCAAGAGCGGCACCAUCAAGGUGUGCCCGGGCGUGGAUCAUCUCACACCUACUGGCUCCAAGUUUGAAAACGGCCAAUUUGAGGAGUUCGAUGCCAUCGUGCUGGCCACAGGGUACAGGAGCAAUGUCCCCAGAUGGCUUAGGGACGAGAGCGGUUUCUUCUCAGCUGAUGGGCUUCCGAAAAAUCUUUCUCAGGGAACCUGGAAGGCGGAGCGCGGUCUCUACGUCGCUGGUUUGGGAAGGAAAGGGAUUUUGGGAGCCACCUUCGAUGCCAAAAAUAUUGCUGAGGAUAUCAGCAUAGUGUAUCGCUCAGAUUCCCAUAAGAGGCUCAUCUCCCCGCUCCAGUCUAGAUAGCCAUCCCUGUGGAAGCCUCCAAGGAUUCCAUAUAAAUUUUGACAGCCUCGACGUUACUGUUAUUGCCAGCCUUUAAAAUCCCUCAACCGCGCAAGUUUUCGGUACCCGUCAAACCAACUCACUCUUGGUUACCAAGCUCCUCAUGCUUGUAGAGUAAUAAUUCGUUUUCUUCCCGCAGCAUUUCAAAGUUUAUCAAGUUCGCGCAAGAAGUAACGAUUUUAGUUCCGGCGCUUGAUACCUCGCGGGAUGUUGACUUAUAUUACAACCGUAGAGGUGCAGGCUGAAAUUCGCAGCUAAACUGUUAGCAAAGAAGGGUAGAAUCCACCUUGUGUCUUUUUUUUGAGACGAGGUUGAAUCCAUAAAGGAAGACGUUUUAGAUUAUAUUUACGUUGAGACGAGCCUUGAUAUUUGUUUGGGGACAGAAGCUUGUGCACCCCUCAAAACCCAACAUGUACCAUACAUUGAUUUUUGCACAAGAUCUACAAUACUCUGGCCAAAUCAGAGGUUAGACCUUGAAUUUUAUUUUAACAUUUUGUUGCCAAUUCUCCUGAAUUCGAAA